AAGAGUACAAUUCGAUUUACCGACUGAGGAUGGCGAUGGUGCAUGAGCUCGAGGAGCUCCGGGUCGGCCUCGCGGAGCUCACGGACUGCGUCUCGUGCAUCUUGCACACGAUCUUCUUCACGCGGUCGCCGGGCCCCGUGCACCCCGCGGACGCCAACUGCCGCUUCCGCCCCGUGACGUACGCCUUUGUGCCCGACGUCAAGAAGCAAGUCGAGACGGCGAUUCUGCAAUUUACGCAGCGCAACAUGCGCCGGCAGUCGGGCACGAACAGCAACAUCACCGUCAUCUUUUACGAGACGCGCAAGAAGUCGGCCAUGUUCAACUUGUACGCGACCGAAGACCGCGUCGUGUGGGAGAAAUGGGUCCUGCCGAUCCGCGUCCUCGUGCACCCGCCGGCCAACCCGGACGACUAUUGCACGCAGCUCGAAUCGCAGCUGCGCCACUCGAUGCUGCACGUCAUCAUGACGGUCCAAAAGGAAACACAGCACAUUCCCACGGGCAUGUACGACUUUGACCUGAUUAUCAACGAUUUUUAACACGACUGUACUUUCUUUAAAUUCUCUAUAACGUUUUGCC